AUGAACAACCAACAAUAUGCAUACUGCGCUGAGCGCAAUACAACUUCCUUGCCCGAGGUCUUGGAGCUUGAUAAGAUCCAAGAGCCAACUCUCUACUCAGAUUUUCCAUAUUCAUCCAUCCCCGAAAACCACCUACCGGAAUUGAAGCCUUUGAUUGAAGGGUUUCCGGAACUCAAGCCAUCUACGCCCAUACCUAAUAAAAGCCCCUACCUGACUGCUCUUGGCUGCAUUCUGUGGUACAAGAGCUGGGCUGCUCAUCAGCCACCUGUCGCGCUCUCAAAGUCUCUCGGGAAGGACCUCUUCAAAUUCGGAUUGUCUCUGGGAGUUACGGCCGUCAGUCUUGCAAUGGAGGGAAGGGUGGAUGGUACCGUAUCAUCCCCAGAUCAAAUCGCCCGCAAAGUUGUGGCCGCAGGCAUUGCACAAAGCGCCCAGACUGCAAUAUCUUCUAUUUGGAACCGCAAAAAAGAUGAUAUAGCUCAGCUCGACCGUCAUCGCUUUUUCAUGUUUUACGCCUGUAUCAAGUCCAUUUCGGAAAAUCCUCACGCAAAUUUUGACGAAGAGGCACGGACCGCCAUCAGGGCAAUAAACGACAAAAUGCAAAGCGCAGGCCCGGAGCUCGAGGCGGAAGGCACGAGUGCGUACUAUCCAAGGAAUAUGGAAGGCGCCGAAAACAUGAUACUUCAGCUUGUAUUGAAGUAUAUGGCCCUUCCUCAGGAAUUCCAUAACCCUUACAGUACCCUUGACCGAGACAAAUUUCUCGGACUUUUGGAAGGCCCACGCUGCCAGGGGGAAACUGGAACACAGAUUCGCAAUUUCGCAAAAGUGGUGCUCGGUGCUAUGAAUCUUGGCAAAGAAGGCAACUUCGUUCCCAAAAUUCUGAUAACGGGGCCUUCGGGCACAGGAAAGACAUCAAUCGUCUCGGAGAUGGCCAGCGCCAUGGGAACCUACCUCAUAAGGUUCAACUUUCGCCAAGUGAAGAAGGACAUCGACGACCAUGCGCCCAUGUUUGGGUAUAGGCCCUUCGAAGGACAUAUCAACAAUCAUAUGCCAAACUUCGACACGCCGUUGCUGGAUGCGUAUCGCAUGUCCGGUGUUAAAAACCCUUGGAUUCUCAUCGAUGAAUAUCCAGCCCGCUCGCCGCUCACUGCCUCUCUCAAGGAUCUUCUCGAUCAGGAGCAUUCAAAACUUGAUCACUCCGUCAUCUUCAUUAUAUCAAAUGAUGAACUUGCUGAUUUCGACCCAGCAUUAGUGGAACGGUGCAUAUCUGUUCAAUUUGGUCGAGUUUCGGAAUCGGCUAAAGCAGCCGUAUACGACGGGGCUCUCUACAGCAAAGGGAUGCGCAAGAGGCUCAUUCCUCUACACGUGACGCUUGCGAACAAGCUGCGGUGUCUCGACUACAACGAACUUACCUGGGGCCAAGUGCGCGACGAAAUUCCGCCUAUCAAUCGUGAACUGAACGACGCCCAGAUAAAACGACAGGAAGACGCAAGAGAGCUUGCCAAAUUAGUCAUUUUGAAGCACAAGGCCUACGUGCUGCGGAAAGACAAUAGGGACGGAGUGCGCACGGCCUGGCUUGCGGCAGAAUAUAUCAAAUCACUCGUAAUUGGAAAUUACUUUAUCGACGAGAAUUUAUCUCUGCCUAAUGACGAACUGGCUCGCGGUGAGUUUGCCGAGGAAUAUCUGCGGGAAGAUAUCUUGGCGACAAUCGAGAACUUGAGCGAGACAGGGGCAAUGAAGUUGGAAAGGCUAGCCGAAAGACCUAGCGGCCCAAAAAACGAUGAUUCAAGUAGUGACAGCGACAGUGACAGCAAUAGCUCGUGGAGUUGA